AUGGCGCUCCGGACUCUGGCGAAAGGCUUCAUGGACCAUGCAACAUCUCAGAGGGCCCCGGAAAGCCUGAAGAUGCUCAGGCGAUCAUUUGCAGGAAAGAACGAGCCACUAGUGUAUGUGGUGUUCGGGGCGGCGGGAGCUGUCGGCAGCGAUUUGGUGGGCAGGCUAGUGGCACAGUCAGGGGCACAGGUCUUUGCCUCCGACCGGGACACCUCCGAUCUCGACAAGCUCAAGGAAGCCACCAUCGUGCCUGCUGAUACCCUGGACCAGGAUGCGGUGGCAAAUGUGAUUGCCAAAGCGGCAGAAGCACAUGGGAGAGUGGACGGCGUGGCCAGCUGCGUGGGCAGCAUGCUCAUCAAGCCGGCGCACCUGACCAGCACGGAAGAGUUUGUGGAAAUUAUGCAGGAGAACGCCCUGUCGGCAUUCCACAUCCUCAAGGGCUCGGUGGGCGCAAUGAUGUCAUCGGGCGGCGGCAGCAUUGUUCUAUGCAGCAGCUCGAUUGCGCACCGGGGCAUGGCCAACCAUGACGCGCUGGCCGCGGCAAAAGGCGCCGUUUCUAGCCUCGCCCUUUCUGCGGCCAGCACUUACUCUCCGCACAACAUCCGCGUCAAUGUCUGCGUCCCAGGCGUGAUUGAGGCGAAGAUGACGGAGAAGCUGACAGAGAGCGAUGAUGCACGCGAUGCCUCUGAGCGCAUGAUUGCGCUUGGCCGCCUGGGAACGCCGGGGGAUGUCGGCCGUGCACUUGAGUUCCUGCUGCACCCCAACAACGCCUACAUCACAGGCACCUUCCUGCAUGUGGAUGGGGGCUUGGGAUCCAUGGCACCAGCCCGCGCUGGAGACUCAAAGACCGUCAAGCAGAACUGA